UUUAACGCUAUUUAAAAUAAAACUUAGUGACCUUCUUAUCGUAAUUUUGGGAUAAGAGACGGAAAGGCAUGACACCCUUAAAAAUAAUUAAUUCUAAAAUGCUUGAUAUUUCACAGACAAUUAUUAUCCUGGGCUUUGCACUGUGUGUGUUGGGCGAUGGACAUCACGCGACAUCUGAGCAGUACAUAAAAAUAAACCAUAAGGAACACCAUGGCCAUCACGGUGAACUCUCACAUAUUGGCUCUCACAAGCCUGAGCAUCAUGACGAAUACGCGUGGUCGUAUCCAUCAUACGAGUUCUCAUACAGUGUGGACGAUCCCCAUACGCAUGACAAGAAAGGUCAGAAGGAGUCGCGGGACGGCGACGAAGUCAAGGGCGAGUACUGGCUGAUCCAACCCGACGGUCGUAAGCGAACCGUCUCAUACCACGUGGACAAACAUAGCGGAUUCAAUGCUAUCGUCCACUACUCGGAUGGUCACCACGACAUAUAUGAACAUUAUGGACACGGUAAGGAAGAACACAAAGAUGAUGACAAAAGUGACAGUGAAGAAAAAGAAGAACACAAAGAAGAGAAAAAGAAGGAAUCUAGCGAAGAAUCCAGUGAGGAAUCUAGCGAGGAAUCCGGUGAAGAAGAGGACGGAAAAGGCGCUGCAGAGAGCCGUGGCCGACCUAACGGAGCCAUCAAAUGGGGCUACGGCCCGAGCUAUGCUCCUAAAAUCCACAGAGAAUACCGCGUACAUGAACAUGACCACGAUGACAAACACGCCAACUACGGCGGCAUACACAUUGUGAGGAAUUUGGGGACGUACCGUCAUGGUCACCGUGACAGCAGGAGACAUGGUGGGGACUGGAAGAGAGACGAGAGUCAUGAAGAGACUCUUCUGAGGGAGGAACGCCGCAAGUUCGAUGAGCGCCGUGGAUACAAAACCCACAGCACUCCCUACUACGGACAUGCUUCCCGCAUCAACCCACGCUUCCAGCCUCAACUCCAACGUACUUAAACUAAGUUACAAUUAAAAGUGAUAACCGAAGACUGAACACACGGCAUGUUAAACGGUUUUCUAUCGAAAAAUAUAAAUGUGAUAAGUAGAUAUUUACCUAAUUAUAUAGAAUCUGUUGGCAAUUGCGAACCUAAAUAAAUUUGGUGAGCGCAUACAUCCGUUUUUUUUUCAUUUGUUUUAAAGUUAAAAUAAAAAAAUAGA